AGCUUUUGUCUGACUUGAGCACGAGAUGCAGCUCCUUCUGUUGUUCCGUCUAAAAAGCCCUAAAAUAGAGAAACAGAUUAGAAAGCACAUUUCAGAGUGAAGAGACAGAGAUUUGGAAAUAAAAGUGUGGAUUGAAAGUUAUCGAGUUUUCUCCAGAACAUCGGAUGAAAAUGAAGAUCAUCUUUUAUUUGCUCUUUGUGUGUUUUGUGCUCGAUGAUGGUGUGUUUGGUGUUGAUGAAAUGAAGACGUCUGUGUCAGUGAUGGAGGGAGAUUCUCUGAUUUUACACACUGCUGUUACUGGAUUACAGAAUGACAGAACCAAUUUUAUUAAAUGGUAUUUUAAUGGCACCCGUGUAGCUCAAAUCUAUGGAGAUCUCAGUGAGUUCUGUACAGAUGUGAAGUGUCCAGGUGGUUAUAAUGAGACAUUUAGAGACAGACUGAAGUUGAACAAUCAGACUGGAUCUCUCACCAUCAUGAACAUCAGAAUUACAGACUUUGGAGAUUAUCUACUAUGGACCAUCAUCAACAACAUCAGAGAAGAAAAGAGAUUCACUGUCACUAAGAAACUGUUCAUGUGUGUUUCAGGAGUGUCUGCUGCUGAAAUGAAGAUAAAGUCGGUGAUUGAAGGAGAUUCUGUCACUCUACACACUGAUGAUACUGUAAAACAGGGAGAUGUUGUGAUGACGUGGUAUUUCAAUGACACUCGUAUAGCUGAAAUGAAGGAAGAUCCCAGUAAGAGCUGUACAGAUGUGACGUGUGAUGAAGGUGCUGAGAGAUUCAGAGACAGACUGAAGAUUGACCAUCAGACUGGAGAUCUCACUAUCACAAACACCAGAACUACAGACUCUGGACUUUAUCAACUAGAGAUCAGCAGCAGUAUCAGCAGCAGCUUCAGUGUAAAGAGCUUCAGUGUUAAUGUCAGCGUAUCAGACAUAAAAACUCCAGAUUCAGGUCCGUCUUCUGGUGAUGUAGCAGGAAUAUAUGUUGCUUUGGUUGUCGUGUAUGUUGGUGUAGCUGCUGCUGAUUUACUAUCAGCUGAGGAUGAAAGAGAGAACGAGACUCAUUUGAUGAAUGAUGAAGGACAGGAGAGAGGACAGGAAGAGAGAGAGGAAGAGAGAGAGGAUACGGGGCGUUGGUUUCACUCUCAUCAGCAUGUGAAUAUGACGAAUAUCAUUCUCGAAGCCGCAGAUGACAAUUUACAUUUUUCUCCAGAACAUCGGAUGAAAAUGAAGAUCAUCUUUUAUUUGCUCUUUGUGUGUUUUGUGCUCGAUGAUGGUGUGUUUGGUGAUGAAAUGAAGACGUCUGUGUCAGUGAUGGAGGGAGAUUCUCUGAUUUUACACACUGCUGUUACUGGAUUACAGAAUGACAGAACCAAUUUUAUUAAAUGGUAUUUUAAUGGCAUCCGUGUAGCUCAAAUCUAUGGAGAUCUCAGUGUGUUCUGUACAGAUGUGAAGUGUGCAGGUGGUAUUGAGAGAUUCAGAGACAGACUGAAGUUGAACAAUCAGACUGGAUCUCUCACCAUCAUGAACAUCAGAAUUACAGACUCUGGAGAUUAUCUACUACUGACCAUCAUCAACAACAUCAGAGAAGAAAAGACAUUCACUGUCACAGUCAAACCUGGAGUGUCUGCUGCUGAAAUGAAGAUAAAGUCGGUGAUUGAAGGAGAUUCUGUCACUCUACACACUGAUGAUACUGUAAAACAGGGAGAUGUUGUGAUGACGUGGUAUUUCAAUGACACUCGUAUAGCUGAAAUGAAGGAAGAUCCCAGUAAGAGCUGUACAGAUGUGACGUGUGAUGAAGGUGCUGAGAGAUUCAGAGACAGACUGAAGAUUGACCAUCAGACUGGAGAUCUCACUAUCACAAACAGCAGAACUACAGACUCUGGACUUUAUCAACUAGAGAUCAGCAGCAGUAUCAGCAGCAGCGUCAGCGUAAAGAGCUUCAGUGUUAAUGUCAGCGAUCCAGGUCUGUCUUCUGGUGCUGUAGCAGGAAUAUGUGUUGGUGUUGUUCUGGUUGUCGCUGUAACUGCUGGUGUGAUUUACUAUCGCUGUAAAAGCUCAAGACUAAGAGGACAAAAUGAUAUGGAGAUGCAGCCCAAUGUUCAGGAGGAUGAAAGAGAGAACGAGACUCAUGUGAUGAAUGAUGAAGGACAGGAGAGAGAACAGGAAGAGAGAGAAGAAGAGAGAGAGGAAGAGAGAGAGGAAGAGAGAGAGGAAGAGAGAGAGGAAGAGAGGAAGAGAGAGAGGAAGCAACUGAAUGACUCGACAACAGUUUGUGCUGCUGCUGCAAUUCCUGCUUCUGUUCCGGUAUAACGCUGCUCUGAUCGAGGAUCAGUUUCCCCACCUCAAAUCCAAACCUCACUUACUAUUGAGAAAGGGAAAUCUGACUCGAGAUCAGCAGCUGCAGUUGUAUUUAUCUUCCAUAUGAGCCAACACUGAGAUCACUUGAUCAUAAACUCAUCAUACUCGUGUCUUAAACUUGUGAAGAAGUCUUUCUACUCUGGAUUUUAUAUGAAUCUCCAAAUAUUCUCUUCUGCACUGUGUUUGUCGGUGGGGACCGUAUAUGAUUGUGCCGUUUUGUUCAUUUAAAGCAGUUCAACAGUUUAAUUUUGCUGCUUUUGGAAAGACUUGGUGCUUAAUAACCAAAUUAUUCAGUUUUACUGACAUGAAACAAAAAGUACAAACACACUUUCUCUAGUCUUGAGUUGAUGAAUUCAGAAUACUGGAAACUUUCUGAACAGUGAUGAAUGUGUUUCAUCAGAUCAUACACCUCAUACAUCAUCAUACAUAUCAGUCACAACAUUAAAACCACCUGCCUAAUAUUGUGUUGGUCCCACUGAUAUAUAUAGAACUGGACUGCUCAUCACAUCAUACCAGUGAAGCCACUGUGCCGCCAUAUUGCCAUGCCCAAAUAUUCCAAUGUUCCUAUUGAGCUGAGUAAACAUUACUCAUUCAAUCACUGAUUUUAUAUCUGUUUAUAUAUGAUAUUACAUCCCUACAAAGCAGACAUCCCACAUGUUUCUUGAAAGCCCGUGUGAGUUAUUAAUAUCUAUAUCAACUAACAAACUUCAUCAGCAAACAGAUCAGCUGGAUGUAAACAAGUUCAAUGAAACUGAGGUAAGAUACAAACAGACAUUUUCAGACUUAUUUAUUGUGAACAUUGAAAUGUUUGUUCAAAGUUGCUUAUUUUAUGUUUUCAUGGAAAAAGUGAUUAUUUUCUCGCAGCCACUUGAAAAAGAUCAUGCUCUCUCUCUCUCUCUCUCUCGCUCUCUCUCUCUCUAUCACACGCAAAGCUGGUUUAAAUGGGAACCGGACAUGUCAUUUAUGAUGUGUUCAUGUGUGACUACAGUUAGUGCUUCAAUAUGAAAACAAGCAAAUCCCGGGCACAGUCUGACUUUUUAAAAGUCACUUUAAGGACAUGCUGUCACCCUAAACAAGUAAAUAUCACAGCUUUUUCUACUUCCAUUAGAACUUCUGGACAGUUUUCCUGCUUCCUUUGGUGAUCUCUGUGCUGCACUGAUAUACUGAACAGGUGAAAGCUCUGAUAUAAUGAUCCUAGAAUAUCUUCUGUCUCAUAACGAAUAUUAUCCAUAACAUGCAAAUUAAACAUGAUUGUCA